UCGGCCCCUAUAUUUUGGCGUUACGAUGAGUGUUCUAAAUGAGGAGAACCCCCGCCAACCUCGGACUUUGUCCAAACCCCAGGAGAGAUCUUGAUUCUUGUCAAACAUAAACCACUCAAAAAUCUGGGGCCUCUACGACCUGGAAUUUUCCCAAGAUUUUCAAGAACCCGGACCUCCCCCUAAACCCCAUGUCUCCUUUCAAAUCAAGAUCUGCAGGGAAGAAAUGGCACCCAUCAAUCCUUUCUAGAACCAAGCUCUGCAGAGGGGAUUCUUCCGCCAUUGAUUCAGACGCCCUCGUCUCUCUAGAACGGAAGCCUUCCAAGUCCCAGAAUUCACCCCAGAAUCGGAGUGGUAGAGUGCUGGAAAUGCCAGAAACGGAAAUUGGGGAGCUGGAAGAGGAAAUAAGGGUGUUAAGAGAGCAAUUAGGGUGUGCAGAGGGGGAAAGAAAGCGAGCUGUUGAUGAGCUUUGGGAGAUGAGGCAAUCAGUAGAAGAGGUUAAUUACUUGAACGAAAUGUUGUAUAGUACCCGCCAAGAAUUGAACGCCAAAGACAGGAACAGCGAGUGUUUAAAAUCGGAGCUCGAGAAGGCGAAGCAGGUUGUGGAGAUGUUGAGAGCGGCGAUGGAUAAUGCAGAAGAAGCAGCCCGGGAUUCGGUGAGUGAUCACCGGAUGAGAAUCCAGGAGCUGGAAGAUGAAUUGGAGAAGCGGAAGCUGUCGGAGUCCAAGAUUCGUGUCUCGCUUGAGCAGACCAAUCGAGAAAUGGCUGGGCUUUACGAGAAGAUUAAGUCGAUGGAGGAGGAGAAUUCGAGGUCCUGCAAUGGGGAAACUGAAGCCUGGGAAAAGAUUAAGGAGUUGACAGACGAAGUAUCCCGUCUCAAGAACGAACUAAAGAUGGCAACCGAAGCAGAAGAGAAGAGCAGAAAGGCGAUGGAUACUUUAGCCUCGGCCCUAAAAGAAGUAGCCGAAGAAGCCACCGAGGCUAAGGAGAAUGUGAAACUCAAACUCGGGGCAACUCAAAUCGAACUGGAUCAAGUCAAGAAGGAAAACGCGGAGCUAAAAGAGAGAGUAGCCGAGAUAGAGGAUAAGACCAAGAAGGAUUUGGAAGAGGCAAAGAAGGAAGUAGAGAUACACAAAAAUGCAGCAGAGCGAGUGAGAUUAGAAGCCGAGGAGACCCUUUUGGCAUGGAACGGGAAAGAGAUGGGGUUCGUGAGCUGCAUAAAACAAGCCGAGGAAGAAAGGGUUAGACUGAGAGACAUAUUGAAGCAGGCGAUUAGCGAAGCCAACGCUGCCAAAGCAGCAGCCAAUAUGGCCAUAAACGAGAACUCUAAACUCAAAGACGCCAUCGCGGAUAAGGAGGACGCCCUCCAUUUCCUUGCACAGGAGAAUCAACGUCUCAAGACCAACAAAGUUUCGCCAGAACGCCAGAAAACUUCAUAGUAUGUUGCCCAGAUUAUUGAAACCCAGAAUCAUAUCAUCAACCAUUCAACAUUUUCUUUCUGCCACCAUUCAAUAUCAUCAGCAAAUCAAAUUUUUGGUGAGUGAUUCAGAUAGCUGGAGACCAUACCUUGUUAGCAUAUAUUGAGAAACAGCUUCAAUAGGAAAACAUUUGGUCAUAUGUGUGUGUGUGUGUGUAUGUGUGUGUUAUACAGCUUUAAAGUUAAUAUCAGUCUUCAAAUUCCAUAACAACAUUAUAAUACAGAUAUUUGUUGC